UUAUUUGAAUAUAUAGCAUAUAAUUUGGUUUAUAAUUGUUUCGACAGCUGCAUUUUAUUGCUUGUUUGAGAAGUUCUUCUCUUAAUGAUCCAUAACGACUUUCGGGUGAUUGUUUUUGUUUCUGUGUCUCGUCGAGAUUUUAUAGCCUAGCAGUCAGAUAGCGGUCAGACCAUAGGCGUUAAAAUAAUCAUUAUUGAAAUUAUUUUGAUAGAUAACGCUGUCUUCUUCUUUUGAUCAGUUUCGUUAGCAGUUCUUGUCUUACCAAAAAUAUAUGCAAAGUUUAGUUUUUAACUCUUGAAUGUUUUUACGGAUUACUUAACAUUAUGGCUUCUCGGAGAAAAAGGAAAUCUACAAGUCGGUUUUCUCCGGAUUCAAUUGAAAUCAGCAGACAAGAAAGUGACUGUUCGUCUUGGACAGUUAAGAAGUUCAAGGAAGAACUGACACAUAUUGGAAUAAACAUUACUUCAAAAUUAAGUAAAACAGUGUUACAACAAAUUUAUUUUGAUAAUCUCAAAUCAGUUUCCGAACCUGAACAAUUGUCAAAUGAAGACCAGGAAGUCUCGCCAACUUUACCUAAUGUGACCAGUAAUUCGUCUAAUGAGCUUCCACUUUUGAUCGGAAAUUUGACAGAAGUUGUUAUAGGAUUAAGGGAUUCAAUGAAUUCUAACACCAAUAGGAAUAAUUCUAAUACUUCUUUAUCAGCGGAUUUUUCCGGGAAUAUACAAGAUACAAGACGAAAUAGAUUUCAACAAGCGCACACAGCAGAUGAGCAUGUGUUUUCAUUAUACAAAUGGUACGGUGUUUCUCCUAGUGAAAGCGAUUGCGGGAUAAAUCCCACCCUUAACACAUCUACAGCUACUAUUAACGGAGUGCCGUCAUCAUCUGUUCCUUUUUUGGAUAUAAUUUCACCAGCGCUUAAAAAGCAAAUUAUUGAAGCUAGAGCGGUUCAAGAUACUUGCACCUUUAGCGGACAAAGUACCUCACAAGUGCCCGCCAGUCUCACGAGUAAUGUGGCAUUAAAGUCUACAGUAUCGGAUUUAUGGCGACAUGUGUUAUCAACUAGAACAUCUCAGACGUAUAAAGUUGGAUAUCGAGCUUAUACUGCUUUUCUGGCUAAUAACGGGGUUGUCUGGUUAGGUAAACCUAUGCCUCCGAUUUCUGAGGAUAUUUUGAUUUAUUUUGUCGCACAUUGUUACAAAAACUUGAGACUUUUACAUACAACCAUUAAAUUGUAUUUAUGUGGAAUUCGGUUUUAUUAUAUCCAAAGUAACUGUGACCAUCCAUUUGAUUAUACAAAUGAAUCGACACUCCUUAGACUCAAUAUGAUAAUGCGCGCCAUCAAACGUAUACAAGGAGAGCAUAAUUCAAAACCACGUCUUCCUAUUACUUUUCAGGUACUUGGGAGAAUUUGCAAUUCUCUUAGAGCAGGUGUUUUCUCUACCUUUACUGAUUGUAUGUUAGAAACGGCCUGUACAGUAGCCUUUUUUGGAUUUCUUAGAUGUGGUGAAUUUACAGUUUCAAAACAUUUUGAUUCUACUGUAAAUCUAAGUGUAACGGAUGUUGAGAUUCUCGAUUCUUAUGCUAUUUUACACCUUAAAACCUCAAAAAUAGAUCCUUUUCGUAAAGGUGUCAGUAUACAGCUUCACAAAUCCGAUCAUACCAUUUGUCCUUUCUCUGCUGUCCAAAAGUAUAUUGCAAUCAGGAAGGGUAGAGAAGCAUCUUUUUGUUUUUCAGAUCCAUUGUUUGUCAAAGAGAAUGGUAACGCUUUAGACCGGGACUUUUUCAUCAGAAGUCUAAGACAUGUACUAGAUAUUUGUGGGUACAACUCAAGCUUAUACAAUGGUCAUUCCUUUAGAAUUGGUGCCAGUACAUCGGCAGGAUCCGUUAAUAUUCAAGAUCAUCUUAUCAAAACACUUGGUCGGUGGACAUCAGACAGUUAUUGUCGUUAUAUUCGUAUUUCCUAUGACACUAUUCGAAAAGCACAGAAGUCUUUGACAUUGUCUAAAAAUACCUGA